AUGAGGCGCGCCCUCUUGCUGUUGGCCCUCCUGGGCGGAUUGAGUUUGGCUUCGGCGUACUACCUGCCUGGUACUUACCCACAGGAGUUUCUGGUGGGCGAUGUUAUUCAGGCUGAGGCCAACUCCCUGGUGUCCUCCGAGACAGAGAUGCCCUUUGACUACUACUCGAUGCCCUUUUGCGAGCCGCCCGAGGGCGUGCAGCGCGCCACCAGCACCAUCAACCCGGGCACCAUCCUGCUGGGCAUCAAGAUCCAGAACUCGCCCUACAACUUUACAAUCAUGACCAAGCAGCAGGGCCUGACGGUGUGCAACGGCGAGGAGUACCCCAACCACGCCUUCCCGCCGCUGGACCAGAAGCAGACCAAGAUGCUCAAGGACAAGAUCCGGCAGCAGUACCGCGUGCGCCUCAUCCUGGACAACCUGCCCAUCACCACAUAUGACCUGGAGCUGGACCCAGAGUCGGUGCGGCCCGGGUACGAGGUUGGGUACCAGGUUGACGACAAGUACUACGUCAACAACCACCUCAUGUUCAAGGUGCUGGUGCACGAGACGCACGGGCAGUACACGAUGAGCAAGCAGGACGAGGCGGAGGUGGAGGCGGCCGCCGCCGUCGAGGCUGGCGGCCGGCGCCUGCUGGACCGCAAGGACAAGCGGGCUAAGGCGGCCAAGGCUGCCAAGGCCACCAAGCGCGGCAAGCCGGAGCCGCGCGUGGUGCCCGUGGGCCAGAAGAUGUACAUGAUUGUGGGCUUCGAGGUGGUGGCCUGCUCCAUCAAGCGCGAGCCGGGGGAGCCCAUCAACAAGAACCUGAUGUGCCCCCAGUCGCCGGACGACGCCAACGCGCCCGAGCCGCAGGAGGUCAAGAAGGGCGCCGAGAUUGUGUACACGUACGACGUGUACUGGGACACCAGCGACAUCACCUGGUCCUCGCGCUGGGACGCAUACCUGCGCAUGCCGGGCGGCAAGGUCCACUGGUUCUCCAUCCUCAACUCCCUCAUGGUGGUGGUGGUCAUGUCGUGCAUCGUGGCCAUGAUCAUGAUGCGCACCAUCCGCAGGGACCUGCAGCGCUACGAGCAGCUGCUGGUGGACGGAGGCCAGGGCCAGGAUGUGGAGGAGUCUGGGUGGAAGAUGGUGAGCGGCGACGUGUUCCGCGCCCCCGCCAACCCCCUCUCCCUCUGCGUCCAGAUCGGCUCCGGCGUGCAGAUCCUGUGCUCCGGCUUCAUCACCCUCCUCUUUGCCGCCCUGGGCUUCCUGUCCCCCGCCUCCCGCGGCUCCCUCCUCACCGCCGCGCUCGUCAUGUACCUGCUCCUGUCUGUGGCCGCCGGCUACGCCGCCGUCUGGCUGUGGGGCCUGGUCAACCGAUCCUACGAGGGCUGGCUGCUCAUCUCCAUCCCGCUCUCCUACUCUGGCGGCAUCAUCGCCGCCAAGCAGGAGAUCCGGCAGUACCCCACGCGCACCAACCAGAUCCCGCGCCACAUCCCGCCCCCGCACUGGGCCUCCCACCCGCUCGUCCUCUUCUUCGCCGCCGGCCUGCUGCCCUUUGGCACCAUCUUCGUGGAGCUGUACUUCGCCAUGACCUCCAUGUGGCAGGGUUACUUUUACUACAUCUUCGGUUUUGCCUUCCUGGUGGCCGUCCUGACCAUCAUCAUCACCAUCGAGGUCUCCAUCGUCUGCACCUACGUCCAGCUGUGCGCCGAGGACUACCUGUGGUGGUGGCGCUCCUACUAUCGCGGCGGCUCCAUCUCCGUCUACGUCCUCAUCUACUCCAUCGGCUUCCUGGUCAACACCCUGCACAAGCUCACCGGCGUCCUGCCCGUGGUCCUGUACCUGGCCUACAUGAGCCUGCUGGUGUGGUGCCUGUUCCUGGCCAUGGGCACCAUUGGCUUCCUCUCCUCCUUCCUCUUCACCUACGCCAUCUUCAACGCCGCCAAGAGCGGACACUGUUGA